GAGGCGAUGGAAGGCGGCCCUCCGGACGUCCGCAUGGAUUUCUAAAGGGCUGCAUAACUUCGGCCUUUUUGGACCACAACUCCCAGCAUCCCCAGCCGAAGUGGCCAAUAGGAUUAUGGGAGUUGUAGUUCAGCAUCUGCAGGAGGGACUAAGAUGUGCAGCCCCAAUGUAAGCUGGAAGAAGCGCUGCCGCUGCUCACCACCCUCGGCUUCCAGGGCCGCCUUCAACGCCGCCCCAGAGCCCUCCUUCCACCCUAGGGGGCCGCCUCUUUCUUUGCGCGCAGCAAGGAAAGGAGAGCGAGGCGGCGGAGUGGCCUCUGGUCGAGUUCGCCGUUCCGGGGCUGUUCUCUUGGCGGCUCGCUCCCGCUCGCACUCAGCGUGAGGCCCGUCUGAAAUCGGAGCCUGAUGGCCGGGGAGGAAGGCGGCAGUUCGGGCUCGUCCCCUGAGGCCGAGCCAAGUCCCAGCAGCCCGGCUGGGGCUGCCGGAGGAGAGGGCGCUGGCGCCGGUGUCGGCGGCUAUGACAGCAAGUGCAUUUUCUGUCGAAUCGGCCACGGGGAGGAGACGGGCACCGAGUUGCUGCCCUGCGAGCAUGAAGACUUGGUGUGCUUUCGAGACAUCAGACCUGGAGCUCCACAUCAUUAUCUAGUGGUGCCAAAAAAGCACAUAGGAAAUUGCAAGACGUUAAAGAGUGAGCAUAUACCCUUAGUUGAAAGAAUGAUGGCUGCUGGAAAGACGGUGCUUCAGCGGAAUAAGUUUACUGAUUUCAGUGACGUAAGGAUGGGUUUUCACUGGCCUCCAUUCUGCUCAAUAGCCCACUUGCAUCUUCAUGUCCUGGCUCCAGCAAGUCAGUUGGGAUUCUUGUCCCGGAUGGUAUACAGAGUGAAUUCCUACUGGUUUAUCACAGCUGAGCAACUGAUGGAGCGGCUGAGGUCUGAAAGCACUGCAAGCUGAAAAGCACUUGUUCUAGAGCAUACAUCUGUUUGUGACCACUGAUUACAGGGUUGAACUUAGCAUGUUAGGCUUCUGAAAAUGAAUACGGAAUCUGCUGCUAUACAAUGGUUGAACUCAUGGUUAAUGAACAUAUGAACAUAUGAACACUAAUUCUCAGGCAAAUAUCUGAAUGCAAAAAUUAAGCACUUUUCAGAACAAAUUGGAAAGACAUCAGAUACCCCUCAUAAGGAAGUAGUUCCUGUAUAACAAGAAAAUUUAUAAAACUUGGAGAUAUACGAUUGGAAAUUCACUGGUUAUUUGAAUGCAGGGAGUUUGUGCCUAUGCAAUACAUUAGUGACAUUUUGGCAUUGCAGUGAUAGCUGUGUCAUCUAUUGGUGCUAACUCACUAAUUACUGUCUGAUUUACAUGAUUGUAUGCACAACAAGAGUUGUAAACAAACCAUUGUGGCUAGAGUAUGACUUAAUCUGUACACUUGUUGCGAGACCAUAUCUUGUUAAUAUGUUGGACUAGGAUAAGAUUGUUUGAAUGUAGACUGUUGUAAAUCCAUUUAACUAGUUAAAUGUAUGUAUUUAAGAAUAGCUGGGUGAUGAAAUACACAACACAUUGCAAUAAUGGUUUAUUUGGGUCUCACCUGAAAUAGGCCAUAAUAUGCACAUAGUAUGCUUAUCAUUGAAUUAAUCUUAUUACCUAAGCAUUUGUUUGGCAAUUUGGGAAGUUGCAUAUUAAACUUAGAGAGGUCUUAGAGAGGUUUUCACUUUGGAGACAGACAUUGCCUUGACAUCUGAACCUUAGGAAUAUGCAGAACCUGAAUAUCUAGACUGUCAAAACUGGAUGUGCUUAAGAAUUGGCAUGAAAUUACUUUCAUGCACAUCUUUUUAAUGCAAUUAUCUGGUUGUUUCACAGGAAUGUUACCCUAUGCAACAUAUAUUGUUUAUGUAGCUCUCAGAAGGUAGAAAUUCUGCCACCUGCUGUAUCACCAUUGUGACAAUUAUUUAAUGUUCUAAAAACCAACCUUGUGCGUCCUGUUCAGUGGUUUUAGUCUUUGAAAUCUAACAUGUAUAUUUAUUAUACUUGAGCCUGAAUUGCUAGGUGCUAUUCAGUAUGUUUUAAGCAGACUCGCUCGUGUGUGUGUGUAUUAAAAAGCUGUAUUUCUGUCAAAAAGUAAUGUUAAAUAUGAAAAGACUGUAUUGUGACUGAAUUUCUGUAAUAAGACUGAUGUUGAAAACUUAAUAGCUACUUAAUACUAUUAUGAGAAUACCCUAAUAAAAGUUAUUUAUGAA